CAACAUUUUAGUGAAAGAGCAACCAGUGGAAAACAUCGCUUUAGUCUAAAGGUGGAAGGAAAGUAGGCUUCCAUCAUUAAGAACCGUGUGUUAAGUAAAAGACAGAGGUGAUGGAUUGGCUGCUAUGUGCAAAGUUUGGUGCGUUCUAUAUUUUAAUGAUAUCUUUCCAGUGCAGCUGUCAUUGGAAUGUACAGGUAAAUCGUGGAAAGAGUGAUAAUGGCACAAUAUCAUGGGAAAACUUACAGCUUAAGAGGCAAAAACGUGAAUGGAUUAUACCAGCAGUAGUUAUGAGAGAAGGAGAGGAUAACAGACACAGAAACCCAAUUGCAAAGGUCCACUCAGACAUACAGGAAAUUAAGGCAAAUAUAAGGUACACAAUGACCGGACCAGGUGUAGAUCAACCUCCAUUUGGCGUAUUUGUGAUGGACCCAAGAAAUGGAAAUUUGAAUGUGACUGGCAUGAUUGUUGAUCGUGAGCAGAUUCCAGUAUUUUUUCUAACUGUGUAUGCUCAAACUGCUACCGGACACAAUGUCGAGAAACCUCUUGAGUUGCGGGUCAGAGUAAUGGACAUCAAUGACAACGCACCGAUAUUUUCCCAAACUUCUUUUGUUGGUUCAGUAGAAGAGCGAUCAAGAGCAAAUACUUUGGUUAUGCAAAUGUUUGCUUCAGAUGCAGACGAAGCAGGUACUUUGCAUUCUCAGAUUGCCUACAAAAUACUUUCCCAGACUCCUGCUCAACCACCUAUGUUUAUUAUGAAUCAGUUCACUGGCGAGCUCUUCACAAUGAGUGAUUUUCUUGAUAGAGAGCAAUUCAGCAGCUAUAGCAUUUCCGUUUUGGCAUCUGAUAUGAAUGGAGGUGCAGGAGGUCUGGCAGGACAAUGCAGUUCUAGCAUUCAAAUCCUGGAUGUAAAUGAUAACUUCCCAACACUUGAGUUUGAUUCGUACUCAGUUGAAUUUAUGGAAAAUAUGAUAGGUACAACCAAUUUAAGGAUAAAAGUAUUUGAUGCUGACGAAAUGUAUUCAGAUAACUGGAUUGCAGUGUAUAACAUUGUCUCAGGAAAUGAAGGAGGCUGGUUUGCAAUAGACACGGACUCUCAAACUAAUGAAGGAAUUCUGAGAAUUGUUAAGGCCCUAGAUUAUGAAGCUAUGCAGUCCCUCAAUCUUGGUUUUAUGGUGACCAACAGAGCAGCUUUCCAUUCAUCUGUUAUAUCUGAAUUCAAGGCCCAGGCAACAAGCAUUGUUGUAAAUGUGCAGAAUGUAGUCGAAGGCCCUGUAUUUGUCCCCUCAGUCAUGAGAAUAAAUAUACCAGAAGGCCUUCGUGGACAAGCAUUACUUUCAUAUAUAUUGGCAAGAAUGCAAGCUAUUGAUAUGGACACAGGCAAACCUGCUACAAAUAUUAGGUAUUGGGUAGAGGAUAGAUACAACUGGUUCAGUAUUGAUUCUACUACUGGUGAGGUGAGAUUAAAUCAUGAUAUAACAACAAACACUGGAACAGGAGGAAACUACACUGCAACAAUCUUUGGAGAAAGUCCUGAUUUACCAAAUCGACCUGCUAACGCCACAGUUAUCCUUACUAUGCCCAGAGCAAAUGAUAACUGUCCCGUGGUUACUAAUGAAUGGCGCCAAACAUGUACUAAGGAUAUGAGGGUUGAAAUCCAGGCCUAUGAUAAUGACACAGCCCCAAAUGGUCCUCCUUUUACAUUUAAUUUGCAGCCUACCCCAAAUGAUUGGAGAAUGGAAAGAAUAAACGAUACAAGUGUGGCUUUGGUAGGAGUUGUUGGAUCAAGCCCCCGUAAUGCCACUUUGAACAUGAUUGUCUUAGAUAAUGGUAACCGAAGCUGCCCUCUGCCAGUUUCCCUGAGAAUUCAAGUUUGUGACUGUGAACCAACGGGCACUUGCAUUGCAUCACCAAGGACAAGCAAGAGUGUAUCAUUAGGUCCAGCUGCAAUUGGUCUUAUGGUGCUUGGAUUCUUGGUACUUUUAUUGGCUCUACUGCUCUUACCAUUGUGCCUAUGUGGGUCUGCAGCAGCAGCAGCAUCUACAUUUGUUCCUGUGGCAGCUGGAUAUGACGAGGCCUGUCGUCCGUGGGGAACCGAAGGAGCCACACCUGAGGAUGUGGAUAUGACUACCACUCUUAUAACUUCUGGUGGUCCAGAAUACCCAGAAGUAUUUACAACUAACACCCUGGUUGGAGCUGGCACUGGAGGAGGAGGUGGAGGACACAGUGGAGGACUAGGAGGAAUAGGAGUAGGAAGAGCAGGAGUACUAGGAGCAGGAGCAGGAGUAGGAGGAGGAGGAAGAGUAAGCACAGGAAAUGAAACCUAUGUAACUGGAGGAGGACGAGACAUAUAUGACGAGAGAAUGAUGGGAGGGAGUAACAUAGAGGAAUCACUUGCUGGAGUUCUUUACCCAAAUAGUGGCCCUGUCAACAUGGCAUAUGUUGAAAAUUAUUUUGCAGAGAAAGCAGAUGCAUAUGGCAAUGAAGAUGAGAGCCGACCUGCAAAUGAUUGCCUGCUUAUUUAUGAUAAUGAAGGGAUUGGAAGCCUUGCUGGAUCUAUUGGUUGUUGUAGUUUUAUUGCCGAUGACUUGGAUGAUGAUUAUUUGGACACUUUAGGGCCAAAAUUUAGAACCCUUGCUGAAUUAUGCAUUGGUCAAGAAAUUGGACCAGGGUUAAGUGAGGAAGAGCCAAGGGUAUUUAUUAAUGUUCCAGUAGUCGAAACGGAUACCACUAUAAGGUCAGAAAAUUCUACUUUGGUUACCCGUGGAAGUACUUCUGUGCCUGCAGGUAACACUACUUAUGUAACUGAAAGCACAUACUCAUCUUCUAACCUUCAACCCGCUAGGCCUAUACCAGAUUCAUUUAUUCCUGGUAAUGUACUAGUAACUGAGACCUACACAACAACUGGUGCCUCUAUGCAACCUCCCACAUAUAUUGUUGAACCAAGGAAUCAGCCUGGAAUUGUGGUAACAGAAAGAGUUGUUAGACCUACUUCCGUAGUGCGAGAGAUACCAAGUGGCUCAAAUGUAUUUGUGACUGAAAGGGUUGUGCGUCCUGUUUCUGUAGCACAUGAACUUCGAGAUUUGCCCAAUCUAGUAGAAAGCUCAGAUGUCGUACUUAGUGAGAGAGUACUAGGCUCUAGCAAUGCAAGAAUGUCCAACGCAUUCAGCUUCCAAGAUAUAAGUGAAGCACAGAAUGUUGUUGUUACAGAGAGGUUCGUACAGCCUGCCUCCAAUGCUCAAAGUAAUUUUAGCUUUCAACCUGAUAUGAGUAGAGGCCAAAAUGUAAUUGUAACAGAAAAAACUGUAAUGUCUGGUUCAGGCAUGCAAAACCACUUGUUAAGUGCUGAGCCCUUGCUAACACAGGCCAUUGGCUCCACAUCCCCAAGUCUAACACGCAGUAAGGUGACAAAGUAUAGCACAGUUGAAUACACCAAGUAACAAAGCAUUUAGUAUGGUUAUCUAUGGAUUUGAAGUCAAUAAAGUUCCCAUAU